AUGAGUUCCGCUUUUACAGUGCGCACCGCUAGAAUUGGCGCCGGAAUGAAUCCUGGACAAAUGAAUAGGGGGGGACAGCGCGUACGCAGUCCCCACUACCAAAAAUUACGCGUCCGAGUUAUCCACAUUAGGGAUAAUCGCAGGGGUCAACCCCACCGCAGUGCAAUGGAGGAGCCUCGCCCUGGGGGAACCGCCUUCCUGAUCACGGUAUCCCCUACGCCAGGUAUACUAGCCAGCGUGGGCACGCUCACUAGUAGUAACAGUAUAACGCCAUCUAUCGACAUCACAGUCGACAUCUGUUGGCUUACUAUGGAAGUAAACGCGGGCGAAAGACUGCUGCAAGGAGUAUUGAAACCAGUCGAACGUCUACUGCGCGUGGAAGUGACGCCAUCUAUGGCAAUGGCGAGGCGAGUGGUGUAG